AUGGCGCGCGCGUCGGCGAACGCGCACUGGGUGGAGAAGGUCACGGUCGACGGCGUGGCCUACUACCACAACGCGGCGCUCGAAAAGGUCACGUACGACAAGCCCGACGAGCUCAAGAGCGCCGACGAGCUCAAGACGGAGAGCGGCUCCUGGGUCUGGGUGCGCGACGACGCCGAGGCCUGGCUGCCCGCGCGCGUCGUCUCAAAGCUCGGCCAGGGCACCGUCAAGGUCCAGAUGCGCGACUCGGGCAAGGGCCUCACGCUCAAGCAGUCGGACAACCAGCCGCUCUGGCCCCUGACGCUGAGCUCGCUGGGCCGCCUCGAGGACGAUUUGGUCAUGCUCGAUUCGUUAAACCAGGCGGCCAUGGUCCACGACCUCAAGGAGCGCUACAAGAGCGACGACAUCUACACGCGGGUCGCUGUGUGGGUCGGCGCGUCCCACACGGUCCUGGUGUCCAUCAACCCCUUCAAGCGGCUGCCCAUCUACGGCGUGAACCUCAUGCGCGAGUUCGCCGAGCCCGCGCCGAACCGGCUGCUGCCGCCGCACCCGUUCGCGGUCGCGAACGGCGCGUACCUCCGGCUGCGCGUCGACGCGGAGAACCAGGCGAUCCUGAUUUCCGGCGAGUCCGGCGCGGGCAAGACGGAGGCGACGAAGCAGUGCCUGUCGUUUCUCGCGGAGGUCGCCGGGUCGACGAACAACGUGGAGCAGCGCGUCCUGUCCGCGAACCCGGUCUUGGAAGCGUUCGGCAACGCGAAGACGGUCCGCAACAACAACUCGAGCCGCUUCGGCCGCUGGAUGGAGGUCCACUUCGACAACCGGGGCGCCAUCGCGUCGGCCCGCGUCGAGAACUACCUCCUCGAGAAGUCGCGCGUCUGCGGCCAGGCCAAGGACGAGCGGUCCUACCACGUCUUCUACCAGCUCGGCCUCAGCGGCCGCCACGCGUCUUCCGGCGUCGCGGGCACGUCCGCCGCCCACGGCUUCCUGAGCCUCGGGUCCGCGGACAAGGCGGCCGGCGUCGACGACGCGGCGGAUUUCCGCGACGUCGAGUCGGCGCUCGAGCAGCUCGCGUUCGACGACGCGGAGGUCGCCGCGCUCUUCUCGCUGACGGCGGGCUGCCUGCGCGUCGGAGAUAUCGAGUUCGCGCCGGCGGGCGACGGGUCCGCGGUCGCCAACGGGGACGUCGCCGAGGACGCCGCGGGGCUGCUGGGCUGCGCCGCUUCUGAUCUAUCGGAGGCUUUGGUCUGCACGGCCAUCGAGGUGCGGGGCACGCGGACGCUGAGCCCCUGCGCCCCCGCCGCGGCCAAGGCCGGCGCGCGGGCCCUCGCCAAGGCGGCCUACGGCCGCCUCUUCGACUGGCUCGUGAAGCGCAUCAACGUCGCCGUCGCCCAGGGCGGCGCCGCGGGCGGCAAGUUCAUCGGCGUCUUGGACAUCUUCGGCUUCGAGAUCUUCGAGUCGAACUCCUUCGAGCAGCUCUGCAUCAAUUAUACCAACGAGAAGCUCCAGCAGCACUUCAACCGCCACACGUUCAAGGAGGAAGAAAACUUGUACCGGUCCGAGGGCAUCGACUUCGAGCCCGUGCCCUUCAUCGACAACCAGCCCGUCCUCGACCUCAUCGAGAAAAAGCCCGACGGCCUGCUGCUGGCGCUGGACGACGUCGUCAACGCGCCCCAGGGGUCCGACGCGAAGUGGAUGGCGCGCUGCGAGAAGUCGCACGCGGCCAAAAAAGAGUGGGUCGACGUCUCGGAGAAGCACAAGGGCUCGCGGGGCCGCGGCGUCAAGCAGAAGGGCGACGAGGAGUUCUUCACCGUGCGCCACUACGCGGGCGCCGUGACCUACCACAUCGUCGGCUUCUGCGAGAAGAACAAGGACCCCCUGGGCCGGAACUUGUACGACCUGCUCUCGCUGAAGGCGCCCGCGUUCCCCCUCGUGGGCAAGGAGCUCUUCCCCGACCUCGGGCGCAACCCGCGGCGCCAGCCGACCAUCGCGGGCCAGUUCCGCAAGCAGCUGAGCGCGCUCAUGAAGAUCGUCGACGCCGCGGACCCGUGCUACGUGAGGUGCGUGAAACCAAACCAGCAAAAAAAGGCGCGCCUCUUCGACGCCAAGAGCUCCAUCGAGCAGAUGACCUACGCGGGCGUCUUCGAGGCCGUCAAGAUCCGCAAGUCGGGCUACCCGUUCCGCCUGCCGCACCGCCGCUUCGCCGCGCGGUACCGCCCCUUGGUCGCCGCGCACUCGUUGGGCGACGGCAGCGACCGCGACAAGUGCCGGGCGCUGCUGAAGAAUCUCAACCAGGACUUUGGCGCCGUGAAGAUGGGCGCGACGAUGGUGCUCUACCGGUCGCCGGAGCAUCGCGUGUUGGAGCUGCUGCGGAAUUUGGCGCUCGAGAAAUUGGUCCCCAAGGCGCAGCGCGGCGCGCGCGCGGGCAUGGGCCGGCGCUACCUCGCCGUGCUCAAGCGCGUCAAGGCCGAUCUCAAAACCUUG